AUGUCCACGGCCAAGUCCCGCUGGGCAGACGAAGACCCCGAAACCGAGGCCAUCAUCGCCCAGCAGAAACGCGAAAAGGAAGCCAAGCGACGCGCCAAAGCAGAAAAGCAGCGCCAGCUCGAAGUCAAGGCCCAGCAGACGCGAGCACAAGCACCGGAAACCAAGACACAACCCGCGAAUGGCGAAGCCGGACCCCCCAAGAAGCGUCGACGCCUCUCUAAUGCCGCCGAGACACCUGGAUCCGAUGCGGAUGCCGCAGAAAUCGCACAACAAAAGAAACAAUCCACCGCCCUCUUGCGGUUCCCAGUGCGGGAAUGGGGAACUUGUCGGCAUGUGGAUAAUUUUGAGCGAUUGAACCAUAUCGAAGAGGGCUCGUAUGGCUGGGUGUCGCGCGCCAAGGAGAUCACGACGGGCGAGGUCGUAGCGCUGAAGAAGCUCAAGCUGGAGAACUCGCCGGACGGGUUCCCCGUUACUGGGCUGCGGGAGAUUCAGACGCUGCUGGAAGCAAGGCAUCCGAAUGUGGUCUAUCUACGGGAAGUGGUAAUGGGCAAUAAAAUGGACGAAGUCUUCCUCGUCAUGGACUUUCUCGAGCACGACCUCAAGACCCUCCUCGACGAAAUGCGCGAGCCGUUCCUACCUUCGGAAAUCAAAACCGUCCUCCUACAAAUCGUGGGCGGACUAGAAUUCCUGCACUCGCAGUGGAUCAUGCACCGCGACCUGAAGACUUCGAACCUACUCAUGAACAACCGGGGUGAGAUCAAAAUCGCCGAUUUUGGCAUGGCCCGGUACUACGGCGAUCCGCCGCCGAAGCUGACCCAACUCGUUGUCACGCUGUGGUACAGGUCGCCCGAACUGCUUCUCGGCGCGGACAAGUACGGUCCGGAGAUCGAUAUGUGGAGCAUCGGGUGCAUCUUCGGCGAACUGCUCACCAAGGAGCCGCUGCUGCAAGGCAAAAAUGAGGUCGAUCAGGUAUCCAAGAUAUUCGAGCUGACAGGCCCGCCGAAUGCGCAGACCUGGCCUGGGUUCCGGUCUUUGCCGAAUGCCAAAUCACUUCGUCUGCCUUCGUCUUCAUCUGCUCCAUUAUCCGGGAAAACGCCUCUUCUCCCACGUUCCAAAUUCCCAUACCUUACAAACGCAGGCCUGUCUCUACUCUCGAGCCUACUAGCCCUGAACCCAACCUCGCGCCCAACGGCACAACAGUGCCUCUCACACGCAUAUUUUAAGGAAGACCCGCGCCCGAAACCGCGCGAGAUGUUCCCCACGUUCCCGUCAAAGGCGGGCAUGGAGAAGCGGCGACGGCACCACACGCCUGAAGCGCCGAAGCGGGGGCAGGAGGCGCCGCAGCUGGAUUUUGCGGGUGUGUUUGGUGGUGCGCCCGGUGGGGAUACGGGGGAGGUGGGUGCUGGGUUUUCUCUCAGGUUGGGAUGA